GAAGCGGCUCUCUCUGCUUUUAACUCUAGCCAGCGGAGAGCAAAGAAGCUGGUGUGUGUGUGUGUGUGUGUGUGUGCAAAUCCUCGUGGGAACGGAGAUCUCCCCGCCGGACUACAGCUGAGCGGCUUAAUAAAGCAGGAGACGCGCUCGCAGAGAGCGAUUUGAGCGGGAGCUGAGCCCAAAUUCUCCCCAAGAUCUUUCCCCGAGAUCCAGAAUCCUGCCGGGCGGGAUUGCAAAUUUGAAUACGGGUGUUACCCGGCCGAUCGCGGGUUCUGCUUCUUCCCUGCUCGCUCCAGGUUGGGUGCUAAAAGCAUCAUCUGAAAUUCUGGAUAUCCAAGGAUCAAAAUCUCACAACCUCCUCAAGAUGUCUAAAGGGAGUUUUUCUUGCUGUCCCCAAAACAAGGUUACUUUGGAGCUCUAGGGAUGCACCUGGGUUUUUGUUUUUUGAUAUACAUCUCUGCACAUAGAAAAAGUAACCUCACCCAACAUGAUAGGGGGAGGAGACAAAAGAGGCCCUAGAGUCAGUCUGAUUGGGACUGCUGAAACAUGCAUAGAAAAAAAGUUCCUGAAAGGAGAAACCACCAAUUGGAUUAUACAAAAUCCCUCCUUCAAGGGAUUCUCCUACCAGGACUCUAAGGGACCCCGAGAGCUUUGCAGCCAACUCUACCAAAUUCAUCGUGAAUGGCUGAGACCGGAAAAAAACACAAAAGCUCAGAUGUUGGACCUGGUGAUCCUGGAGCAGUUCCUGGCCAUACUACCCCCAGAGAUGGAGACUUGGGUCCGGGAAUGUGGAGCAGAGACCAGUUCCCAAGCUGUAGCCCUUGCAGAGGGCUUUCUCUUGAGCAGGGCAAAUGACCACAAGCAGGGAGAGCAGCAGGUUCAGAAGCCCUUCCUGUUGGCCGCAGAAGACACUGAAGCAUGGAGGGAUCUGCUUUAUUCCUCUCAGGAACUGAGCAUUCAGGAAGUGUCCCAGGAGGGUCCAUCUGAGAACUUAGCAGUCUCCAAGAAUAAAACAUUGAUAACUCUUGUGGGACCAUCUCUCUUUUGUGGUGUAGAAGCAGCGGUUGUGCUUCCAACUCGGAAUUCCUUGUCUUUCGAUGAUGUAGCUGUUUUCUUCUCAUUGGAGGAGUGGGAUCUGCUAGACUUCAACCAAAAAAUCCUGUACAACGAAGUUAUGUCGGAAAAUGCCAGGAACAUGGCCUCCACAGGAGUUGGGUGGCCAGAGAGUGCAAAUUAUAAACAGACAUCUGCAGAGCAUGCACAAACAGUCAGAAACAACCUUGGAGAAGAGAUGUUUGAAAAUCCGCGGGGACCAGAAACAUCUGAAUGCAACCAAUUACACAAGAGAAGAGCAAAAUCUUGUACUCCUCAGUGGGCAGAAAUCCAUUUUUAUCUUAGCCAGCAAGGACACAAAAAAGAAAGGAAAUGUCCCACCUGUGGAAAAACAUGUAGAGAAAAUUCAGAUCUCUGCAAAUACUGCAGAACUCACGAUAAAGCAAAACAAUAUAAAUUUGGGGAGUGUGAUCAAAAUUACAAUUGGUCCCUCCUUCCUACCUUACAUCAAAUGACCCAAACUGUAGAAAAAACAUAUCCCUGCACUGAAUGCGGGAAAACCUUCAGCAAGAGCAGUAAUCUUAAUGCCCAUAAAAGGAUCCAUACAGGUGAGAAACUAUAUCAGUGCAUGGAGUGUGGAAAGAUGUUCAGGUGGAGCAGCGGUCUCACUUACCAUAAGAGGAUCCAUUCAGGAGAGAAACCUUAUAAAUGCACGGAGUGCGGAAAGAGCUUCAGUGGCCUGAGUUCCUUUACUUCCCACAGAAGGAUGCAUUCUGGGGAAAAACCUUAUAAAUGCACCGAGUGCGGGAAGUGCUUCAGUGGAUUCAGUUCCUUUACUUCCCACAAAAGGAUGCACUCAAGUGAGAAACCCUAUAAAUGUGCAGAGUGUGGGAAGUGCUUCAGUUGCCUGAGUUCCUUUACGUCCCAUAAAAGGAUCCACUCGGGAGAGAAGCCAUAUAAAUGCAGGGAGUGUGGGAAGAACUUCACCAUAAGCAGUCACCUGAUUUCCCACAAAAGGAUUCACUCAGGCGAGAAACCUUAUCAAUGCACGGAAUGUGGAAAGAGCUUCACUUUAAGCAGCCAUCUUACUUCCCACAAAAGGAUCCAUUCAGGGGAGAAGCCCUACAAAUGUGUUGACUGCGGAAAGAAGUUCAGGUGGAGCUGUCACCUGACUUCCCAUAAGAGGAUGCACUUAGGAGAGAAACCCUAUAAGUGCACGGAGUGUGGAACGAGCUUCAUUGACCUGAGUUCCUUUACUUGCCAUAAAAGGAUCCACUCCGGUGAGAAACCAUAUCAAUGUGCACAGUGUGGGAAAAAUUUCAGGAGUGCCACUAAUCUGAGUGAACACCAAAGGAUCCAUUCGGGUGAAAAGCCAUAUAAAUGCGCAGAAUGUGGGAAAAGCUUUAGGUGGAGCAGUUUCCUUACAUCCCAUAGAAGGAUCCACACGGGGGAGAAACCGUACAAAUGCACAGAGUGUGGAAAGGACUUCCGGAGGAGCUGUUCUCUCACUACUCAUAAAAGAAUUCACACAGGGGAGAAACCAUACCAAUGUACUGAGUGCGGAAAGAGUUUCACUACGAAUAGUAGCCUGACUUCUCAUAAAAGAAUUCACACCGGUGAAAAGCCAUAUACCUGCCUGGAAUGUGGGAAGACUUUCCGCAAGAGUUAUAACCUUACUUGCCAUAAAAGGGUACACAUGAGAUAUAAACCAUGUUAAUGUUUUGGAUGAAGGGAACAGAACCUUAGCCACAGCAGUCGUCUUCAGAUUUACACCAAGGAGAACUUGUAUAACUGCAUGGAAUGUGGAAAGAGCUUCAAAAUGUAGAAAGAUCUGAUAAAUUGCUCUAAACCAGGGGUAUCAAACACAUCCUUAGGAGCAGGUGGCUUUGGGCCCGAAUUUGGGGGAGGGGGAAUCUAAGUGGGUGAAAUUCAAAAAUGUUUACUACCUGUUCAGAAAAAAAAAAUAUACCAACUUUAUCAUUUUCCAUUUGUUAUUUCUAAUUUCUAUAUGUAGCAUAUAUCAUGUUCAAUUUUAAUAUAACAAGCAUUUUACUUAAUUGGUUAUCCACACUAUAUAUCAUAAGCAGUAUCAACAUAUUUCAUUUUCUUCUAAUAUCUCUUUUUUACCUUCCGCUUUAUCUAACUUUUCUCUUAACUCAUCUCUUGCUCUAUUUAGUGUUCUAUUUUUCUUCAGUUUUCUGUUUGUCCUUCUAUCUUCUACUCUUAAAUUCCCUUCCCCCCCUUUCUUUUUCCUUUUGUAUGUAUUAUAUCUUUUCUUCUGAAUUUCCCAUAACAUUCUUCCACAACUAUAUUUUGAGUAGCCCACACUUGGAUUCCUCUUUUUUGCUCCACACUAUUUCUCUCUUUGUUUUUAGGUUGUUAUCUUUUUUUGGAUAGCAUUUUCCUUUUUUUCUCCCUGCUCUUUUUGUGUCUCUAUAAGUCUCAUUAAGAUUGUCCAGUUGGUUAUUGUUUUCAGGUUCCCACCCCCCAAUGUUAGU